AUGUUUGAAGCUACUUGUAACUUUGCUAUCCUAACUAACAUGGAGGUGCCUCCAGGUGGAAAUGGGAGUCAGUAUGAGGAAAUUGAUAUCCCAGUUGCUCUCCUCAGUUACGAUGACAUGCUUGAUAUAUCAAAGACAUUUGGAAAAUCAAUCAAAGUUGCAAUGUAUGCCCCAAACGAACCGUUCCUGGACUAUAACAUGGUGGUUAUCUUCGUCAUGGCAGUCGGAACAGUGGCAAUUGGUGGCUACUGGGCAGGAAGCAAAGAUGUGAAAAAGCGCUAUAUGAAACACAAGCACGAUGGGGCAGACAAACAGGAUGAUGAAACUGUCGAUGUUACACCAAUUAUGAUCUGUAUUUUUGUGGUUAUGUGCUGCUCAAUGUUGGUGCUCCUUUACUACUUCUACCAUCAACUAGUGUAUGUAAUCAUAGGAAUUUUCUGCCUUGCAUCUUCCAUUGGGCUUUAUAGCUGCCUGUCUCCAUGUGUCGGGAGAAUUCCUUUCUGUGAAUGCAGGAUUCCAGACCUACCAUGUAGUCACAAGCGUCCCCAAGUACGGAUGUUGGUUCUGGGCAUACUUUGUGUCUCAAUUAGUUGUGUGUGGGCGGUAUUCAGAAAUGAAGACAAAUGGGCCUGGGUUUUGCAAGAUACUCUGGGGAUUGCCUUUUGCCUAUACAUGUUGAAAACAAUCCGACUCCCAACUUUUAAGGCUUGCACAUUACUGCUGACAGUUCUGUUUGUCUACGAUAUAUUUUUUGUCUCCAUUACACCAUUCCUUACACAGAGCGGGGAGAGUAUCAUGAUGGAGGUUGCUGCUGGUCCUUCUGAUUUCUCCACUCAAGAGAAGCUUCCGAUGGUGCUAAAAGUGCCCCGCUUGAAUUCGUCACCUCUGGCACUGUGUGACAGGCCAUUCUCCCUCCUUGGCUUUGGUGAUGUCUUAAUACCAGGAAUGUUGGUGGCCUAUUGCCACAGGUUUGACAUUCAGGCACAGACCUCACGAAUUUAUUUUGUGGCUUGCACAAUUGCUUAUGGCAUUGGACUUCUCAUUACCUUUCUUGCCCUGGCACUGAUGCAGACAGGCCAACCAGCCCUCCUUUACCUGGUCCCGUGCACUCUGAUCACUAGCAUCUGUGUGGCUUGCUGGCGCAAGGAGGUGACAAUGUUCUGGAAUGGAAGUGGAUUUGCGACCAGUUCACAAGAUGUUGCCUUGUGUGUUGCUUCACUGCCUCCACCUACAUCCAAACCGGAAGAGCUCUCCUCACAGCAGGUAUCUUUGGCUUCUGACAGCUGUGCAGAGCCUUGUGACAAGUCCACCCUGACGACUCCCCAUCACGAGAAGGAAACCCUGACCAAUCCACCAGCAGAAUUCACAGGAUCAACCAAUGAAAAUGAAGCUAAAUCCAGUGAGAACUUUCUGCCAAAAGACAGGACCAGCCAGUCGUAAUGCUGAUUAUUUACUUGUGUACAAUUUUUAAAUAUGCUCAUCGGUGGGUUUACAUAAAACUGAAUAGCUCUUUAUUGCACGUGUUAAUUGAAUCACAUAGUGGGAGGCCAGUUGAGUACGUUUUUUAACCUACUGAACAACUCCCAAACUCUCCAGGCCAAGUUUGCAGUGACCUCCUUCCCCAAACUGUCGUCCGUCCCACACCAGCAGGGUGAAGUAUCCCAACUCUAAUUUAAACCCAAACUACAAUGGCCAACUGUAUGGUGACCAGCCUUUCUCUCAUUUAUCAAACUAUUUGCACUUUCUUGUCAUAAGUGCCAGCUAUAGAAUAAACUCCGUCAAACUUCCCUUGAUGUCAAACUAUCAGUCUGUAUCAUGAAAUAAACAUUUUCACUUUAGGAUGAUUUUGUUGGAAAGAAUUUGUAACAUAUCUCAUUCCAAGAACUUUUGGGUAUUAUCGGUUCAAUUAGUGAUACGCAGGUUUGAGAGUCAUUGCACAAAUGUAGACGUACUAACUAACUUUAUCCUUUGUUAUAAAUGACAGAAUGCUUAACUCUGAGGAGUCCUUAAAGUGUUAAACAAGACUCCACAAAUAAUGUUCUCAACAUCUCAGUGAGGAGAUGCCGGUGGCCAUCACUGCAUCAUUAAUUGACGGAUUAAAUGUUCAGAAUUUGGUAAUUGGUGAUGUAAUCUUUUAGAUAUCAUCUACACAAAGAAUAUGUCAGUGUUUUGGGUUUCUCAUGACAGAAGCCAUAUAUCUAAAAAUCAUGUUUAUGGCACAGACAUGGGACCAGAAUGCUGUUUAGUCCAUCAAAUUGAGUCCAGAAUGCAUAAACAGCAUUGAGGUAGAACAAAACACAAGUUUAGAACUUGGUAGACUAAGUUGCCAUUACUACAUGACCUGUUAACAAGCAUUUAUUUAAAAUCUUGACCAUUUCCUUCCUUUCCCAAAAUGUGACUACACUGGGCAAUUAUCUUGCAGUUGCCAGCCAUCCUUAUGUUUCUUAUUUGAAUGCCCAUUUCUCGAGUUCAUUCAUUCAGUUGUGUUCUGCCUGAAGACAAGUCUUUGGCUUGUUAUUGACUAAUGCUUCAUCUUCGGCCAUUUAUCUUUCCAAUUCUUGUCAGGGAUGCUUUGCCAUUUCCUUGCACUCUCAUGGUAGGGUGAGAAUGCAAGACCCAAAUCCACCACAGCGAGAAUAGAAAUUGAACCCACACAAUUAGUUUCACUAUGGAUCAUGUGCUAUCCAUGUAAGCUGACUGGCUCCUGACUUCAGUCGUGACUGUAUCUGACAUCUAACCUGGAGGCAUUGAUGCGAAUCCGAGCUUCAGCAAUUGUAGGAACAGUUGAAAUGAGUUACUAUGUCUCAUGUUUGUUAAAUUAAUUCAACACUCAGGUUGCAAUAUUUAUGCUGUUUCACAUGUUGGUUAAGAAACUGACACUGCCUCUGUAAGAAACAGAAACUGCCUCUGUGCUUACACACCUCGAUAGCUCAGCAAAUGUGUCUGUUAAUCUCUUCUUGAAUGCCAGCCUCACUUGCUAUAAAAGCACAAAUGAGUAACAGUUUUGGCUCAAUGCUUAAAAAGACUGAUUCUUCUCAGCAAUCUGACAUGGAGCACCUUGCGCUUAAUUUUAAUAAAUUAAGCCAGAAUUGUAAACCUUGUCACAACAUCCUUGUCUACAGAAUUGUAAACCUUGUGGUGGCCAACUUACUGCACGGUUGGAGUAAGUGCUGAACGAAUGAUUGGACUCGAGCAUGAACUCUGAAAAUCCUACCCCAAAUUAAAAAUUACAUGGAUUCCUUUGAAAUGUUAUGAUCAUUAGUAUUUUCAACUUCUGCAUGUAAGUAUCUUUCCUAUGAACACAGUUUUUGAAGCAGCUAACAUUUCUUCAAUUUUGUAAAAAGCCUUUAUUUGAUUUUGAUAAACAGUCUGAUCUUCAACAAAAGCAAGAACUUGUAUUGCAGAUGAAUGGCUCAAUCUAAGUUUAACGUCAAUACACUGGAAUUAAUUUAUUGCCCUGUUUUAGUGAAAGUAUUACAGUGAUACAUUUUCAACUUCACCUCCCUCCCAAAUAUUUUUCUGUUUUACCUGAAAAUGCUGACUGCCACAAAGUUAUGGAUUCCCCAUAUGGUAACCCCUUUCAGGUGGCUAUUCAAAUGUGUGCCGCACUGUGACUGGUGCCAGUUGACUGGCGAUAUCAGGGCAAAAUUUGACCUUGUGCUUUGAAUACACACUUUCCUUCAGGGACAGCCUGGAUAUUGUUUGCGUGGGACCCCUGUCUGAUCUUGUCUUACGUUAUGCAAUUGAGCGUACAGGUAGUCCUCGGCGUUCUUGAGUCCAUUCGCAAGUCGAUUUGCACGCAAGUGGGGGCACAUGCAGGACAAUAUAAAAUAGCCAUUUGUAAGUUGAGGAAAUGUUCAUAUGUUGGAUCUUUAAAAUUACACCGCUGUAUGGCAUCGUUUUUGUAAUGUAUGAGUGUUAAUAAUUCAGAUGUUGUAAAUCAGGGAGCUCCUAUAUGUUGAUCUUGCACCUCUGCUGGUAUCAGACUUAAUUCAACACUGGCAUGUCUUAGCUUCUUAAUACCCUAUGACUACCCAAGCUUCCCCAUUAAAAAGAACAUACAGCUAUUGUUGGAUCACCAGUAGAAACUUUUAAAAGAAUGCUUGGAACUUUGAGUUGUUUAAAAAAGCAACUUCUAAAAAGAAUAAGCAUGUUUAAUUGUGCUUCUGAAAUGUACCUUUUUAUUAGCAGAAAGCAUAUCCAAUGUAGUUGGAUGAGAUUUCACAAUAUUUGGGUUCUGAUCGAGGUGAAUUUAAUGGGCUUUUUCCCAACUUAGACUAUCUAAGUAUAGUUUUAUUUCCAGUCUUUGUUAUCACUCAAAUAGGCAAUUGGGAAUUACAGCAAACUUUGUUUUACCCGGCACUUUGUUAACUGACACUCUUGGUAAACUUGCUAAGAUUGUGUACCUCAGAUACCGCGAUAUCCGAGUAUUUGUGUUGUAAAUAAAGGAUAACAAUGAUGUGUAUAAUCCACCA